UUCGAUAAUAUUGUAGGGAACGAGGGCAACAUAGGAAGGAAUAAUAGAAAGAGAGGGAAUACUUUUGUAGAGAGAGAAAGAGAGGUUAUAGAAGAGGAGAAAUGAGUCAAGUUGAGAAAUAAAGAGUCAGUCGUAUGAAUAGCUUUGACAAGGACAGACGGCAGCAUAAUUCAUUUAAACAAAAAAAGAUACAAAAUGGCUAUGCCACGACGGCCGGGACACGACAAUGGCACAGUCCGAGAAAACUCGACGAAUGACAUGAAGCGCUUAAUGAAAGAGCUGAAAGAGGAGAAAAUGCUUAACGCAUCCCUUAGGAGUGAGCUGAGGAUGGCACGCGGUGGGAACAAAACGUCCCGAAAUUUGUCUGGCUGGAUCGAGGAGGAUUUGGACGGAGAAGAUAAUAACUUUUUCGGCCAGCGGAAUUCUACGAUGAGAUGCGCAGACGAGUCGACUAUGCUGACAUCGAUGACGCUAGCAUCCCUUCAAAUAGGCGAAUGCAGACCGUUGGAGGGCGAGGAUGAGAUUGACAAGAAGUCGUUUGAGCAGUGGCGGAACAUUUUCGAGUUGGCCUUGAAGAUCGCCGGAAUUUCUGACGAAUCGACAAAAAUCAGCAUCUUUAAGAUGAAAGCGGGCGCAAAAUUGAUUGACGUUCUAGAAAGUACGCCCAACGUCGAGAGCCCGGACGAAGAGACAUCGCCUUACUCAAAUGUAAUGUGCCGCUUGCAGGAAUACUAUGGAUCUCGAGACUAUACACUCUUGCAACGCCAGAAACUGAGAUCCAUGCCCCAGGCAUCAGGCGAAUCCGACUUAAAAUACAUGAAACGUGUCGUGGCAGUGGCAAAACUGUGUGAUUACAACGCCGAUCAGUUGGUCGAGACAGUGGCCGACGUCGUUCAAGCUCAUGCCGUGAACCAAAAAGCUCGUGAAGCCGCCCGGAAGGUCAUGCGUAAAGGAGGCUCACUUCAAGAUCUGAUGAACAAGGUGCGUGCUGCAGAGAUCGAGAAGCAGAACGAGGAAAUAUUUGCAAGGAACCACCAACCAAGUUCAAUGGCAGAAAUUGCCGCGGUGUCGUACUCACGCUCAUCUCAAAACUUCAGAGGAAGGUUUGCAUCAGCGCAUCGAGGCAAAGGAAGUUAUCCACGAGGCCGUGGAUUUUCUGGCGGUAUUGGGACCACCUUCGUUCGCACGGCUUGUUGGAGAUGUACCGGACACUUCCACCGUCCUCAUGAAUGUCACGCAAUUGACAAGGAGUGUCGUCGCUGCCAUGUCAUGGGCCACAUUGAGCGUGCUUGCGGCGAAGCGAUCGGCUCAAAGCGUCGAGCAAGUGAUGAUAUUGAACCGAAUUCAGCACCAAGGUCCAAGAUUGCUGCGAUCACCGUUGCCGAGGAGUCAGAAAUGAAUGAGAACGAGGACAAGAAGCCUUAUCCCGCUCUUGCUUUAGAGAAGUUUGUUGGCGAUAAUGACAAUGUUGCAAAACCAGACCAGCCUGCUGGAAUUUCGGUGAUGGCAAGCGUAGACCGAGACGUAGACGGAGUAAAUGGCAUGCUUCCGAAGACGCAACAGCUUCUCCCAAGGAAUUCAUUCAUUGUUCAAAAUGGAGAUAGUGGUCGGUCGAUAUGUUCUGUGAAUCCUGGAGGGAAUGUGAACAGCCACCCCGGAACCAUUACGGGUCAUGUGGCUGGGUUACCGGUACAUUUUAUAAUAGACUCCGGUGCAGACGUUAAUACUGUCGGAAAGGCCGUGCUCGAUCAGUUGAUGAACAGUGAUCCUCUUCGAGCCUCUGAAAGCUUAUGCAAUGCCUGUACCGAUACCAGUGGUGGCUACAUUUGUCGCGGAGCUGUUCAUUACCGAAGAUCGUCCUCGUGCAUUGGAAAAAUUUUAUGUGGUUCAAGGUGGUAACGCUUUAUUGGGCCGAAGUACAGCAACUAGGUACAGUGUGUUACGAUUGGGUCUCGGUGUGCCAGUUCAGGAUUCGCCAAAUUCGGAUGGAUUACGACUACUGCCAUGCGAGUUACUCGCAAUCUCUUCAAUGGCAGAAUUUCCGA